AUGAUGCAAUGGCAAGUUAGCAGGCAGUUCAAGAAGGAUCGUGAAGUUGCUAUGGCCAGAAUUCCAAACCCAGAUGUUGUGGUCCAGCAACUAGACCUCCCUUAUGACCCUCCACCAAUAGCUGGGAUACCAGGGCAUGGAAAAAUCCAAGCUGGACAUAAGGGAGGAGCCGUUCCCAUUCAAGAGCAGGAGGGGCUAGUUCGGCCAGCAGGCCCUGCACCAGUUCAAGUUCCUCAAAAUCAGCCAGAACCUCCACUUAUUCCACAACCCUUAGCCCUGCGUGAUCAGCCCCUGACACUGCUGCCUGACGCACCAGCUAUUUUGCCUUACAGACCCAGAAGGAUGGAUCCUACUCCAUUCCCUCCACCAGCAAGAGGUAGAAGAGGUAGAGGGGGAAUCAACCUUUUUGCCAACAAUGAUAGGAACAGACUGGGGGCAAACUGGAGGAAUCAUCCGGACUUUGAAGAAGAGGAAGAGCACAGGGAGGAAGCUCUGCCUAGGCCAUACAAGAUGGAGCACAGGAUUGACCAGAUCCAGCCAGAACAGUGA